UACGUUUUACAUUUCUGAACUGAAAUCCUUUAAGACCAGAUAAUUAUUUUAAGUGGUUCCUAUUUUGUAUGCCAUUCAUUAUUUUGUCGCUCUCUCUCUCUCUCUCUCUCUCGCAAAUUCUGGAUGUACCUCCUUAAUGGGGUGAUGGGUUCCACAAAUUUUGGUUUCAUUGCUACAGUUCUUUAUAUAUUCUGGGAAUAAGCAAAUUGAGCUAGUUCAAAAAGGACUAAGCAAACUGGUUUCAUUCCUAUGGAUCAAUACUCAGUUCAGGAACCUCUUCUUUCAAGUCAAGGUGUCAAAAAGAAGCCUCUCUUUGUAUCAUUAGCGAAAUGGGUUCUCAAGAUUCUAAUUUGGGUGAUUUUCAUUGCAUGGGUUGUUUUUAUCUUUGUGUAUCCAACACAAUUGGGCAAUGAAAUAUUUGAGAAAUGUAUUGGAGCCACCAAGGGAACUCCUUUUGGUCUUUCAGGAAGCAUAUUCUUAUUAUUGAGUGGACCGAUUAUUCUUAUUGCAAUUCUUGCUAUUGCACAUCUUAUCAUCUCUGGGGAAGAGGAUAUCCAGCAGAAGAAGAAUUCAAAGUAUCCACGUGUCCGCUUGUGGACAUUUCCUGUUCUCGUGGGUGGACCAUUUGGGGUUGUUUCUGCUGCUGAGUUCAUUGGGAUUCUUCUCUUUGUUGUGUACAUCAUCUGGGCUGUUUAUGCCUAUACAAUAAGGAAUCUCAGCCUUAUCUCCAAUUGGCAUUUUACUUCUAAAGAGGAAGGCAUCUGGCUAUUAGAAUUGACAGGGCUUCGACUUGGUAUGAUUGGAUUAUUUUGCUUGGCAUUUCUAUUCCUUCCGGUUGCAAGAGGAUCAGUUCUUCUCCGCCUUAUUGAUAUCCCUUUUGAGCAUGCUACAAGAUACCAUGUGUGGUUGGGACACUUGACAAUGCUGCUCUUUACCCUCCAUGGGCUAUUUUAUGUAAUUGGAUGGGGAAUGCAGGGUAAUCUGCAAUAUGAAAUAAUGGAAUGGAGAGAUGUUGGAAUUGCCAAUUUUGCAGGUGUUGUCAGCCUUUUAGCCGGACUUUUGAUGUGGGUGACAUCACUUCCUGGUGUGAGACAGUGGAGUUUUGAAUUGUUUUUUUACACCCAUCAACUAUAUGUGGUCUUUGUCCUCUUCUUGGCGUUCCAUGUUGGUGAUUUUAUUUUCAGCAUGUCUGCUGGUGGAAUAUUUCUUUUCAUGCUUGAUCGGUUUUUGAGAUUUUGCCAAUCACGAAGGACUGUAGAUGUAGUUUCAGCCAAGUGCCAUCCAUGUGGAACUGUGGAAUUGGUCUUUUCAAAACCAGGAAACUUGCGAUAUAAUGCCCUUAGUUUUGUUUUUCUUCAAAUCCGGGAAUUAUCAUGGCUGCAAUGGCAUCCUUUCAGCGUCUCAUCUAGCCCUUUGGAUGGUAAAAAUCAUCUAUCCAUUCUCAUAAAGGUCCUUGGGAGAUGGACAGAGAAGCUUAGAGAAAACAUCAUGAAAACAUCUGAGGUAGAAACAGCAAAAUUGCUGGACCAACCUUUCCAACCGCAUGCCAAGAUAACAGCUUCUGUUGAGGGGCCAUAUGGGCAUGAAGUACCAUAUCACUUGAUGUAUGAGAACCUCAUUCUAGUAGCUGGUGGAAUAGGAAUUUCACCUUUCUUGGCAAUCUUGAGCGAUAUUCUCCACCGUAUUAAUGAAGGCAGACCCUGCUUACCCAAAAAUGUUUUAGUUAUUUGGGCUGUCAAAAAAUCAAAUGAGCUUCCUCUUCUGUCAACCAUCAACAUGGAGUCAAUUUGUCCAUAUUUCUCUGACAAACUAAAUCUGGAGAUUUGCAUUUAUGUUACUCGUGAAACAGAUCCCCAAUUGGAAGAGGGGAUUGUUCACAAGGCUACAACUUCUUCUAUCUGCACUGCCACUAAGGGAUAUGGCAUGUCAGUUUUGGUUGGUACAGGUGAUAACAUAUGGUCUGGACUUUACAUUAUUUGUUCUACAGUGGGCUUUGUUAGUCUUCUGGGUUUGUUAGAUGUGUUCUAUAUAAACCGAUAUGGCAUACAAUCAUGGUGGUAUAAAGGACUUCUUUUUGUAGCAUGUAUGGUUGCCAGUAUUGUUAUCUUUGGAGGUUGUGUGGUUGGUUUGUGGCAUCUGUGGGAAAGGAAAACUUUGGCCAGGGAGGAACACUUGGACAACAGGAUGAAGGCUGAGAAGGUGCCAGAUAAUGAAGAUAUGACAAAUGAUAAUUUCUUUGAGAAAAAACAUUCAAGCUUUACUGUGAUACAGUAUGGUUCAAGACCAGACUUCAAAGAAAUUCUUGGAUGCGUAGCGAAGCAGUGGGGCUUUGUUGAUGUAGGGGUGAUUAUAUGUGGUCCUCCAACUCUUCAGUGCAGUGUUGCUAGAGAAAUCAGGUCUCAGAAUUUGAGGAGAGAAUCUGAUGAUCCUGUUUUCCAUUUCCACAGUCAUAGCUUUGAUCUGUAGCCAAAUGCUGCAAUAUGUUCCUUCUUACAGCAUUAGCUUGCAGUAUGUAUAUCUUAUAGCAAGUAAAUCUCUAAAAUAUGAGAUAGGAUGUUGUCUAUUUAGCAUGUAGAUUGUAAUGUAUGUAAUCAUCACUUUCCCUCUCUAUAUAUAUAACAGUAUUAGUCAUACUUGUAAACAA